AUGCGCUCCUAUCGAAUGACCAAGCUCGGGGCGGCCGCUGGAGCCGCCCGGCCGCUUCCCCUGAAGCAGCUCCGCGCUCCUGCCGCACGCGCGGUGCAAAGAGGCUCUCCGCCGUGCUUGUGCGGCCAAGCGGAGCUGGACAAGUACGUCAUCGGGCAAGACGACGUCAAGCGCGCGCUCGCCGUAGCCAUGUACAACCACUACAAGCGAGGGUUGGCGGCGGAGUGGGAGGGGGCGGAGCCGCUGGUCGGCCUCGAGCGCGGCGAGGGCGAGGGGCUCGAGAUGGACAAGUCCAACAUCAUGCUCGUUGGGCCGACUGGGUCGGGCAAGACGCUGCUCGCACGGACGCUGGCGCGGCUGGUCGACGUCCCCUUCACCAUCGCCGACGCGACCAGCCUCACCCAGGCGGGGUACGUCGGGGAGGACGUCGAGUCGGUGCUGCACAAGCUGUACGUCGCCAGCGGGCAGAACGUGGAGGCGACGCAGCUCGGCAUCGUGUACCUCGACGAGGUGGACAAGGUGGCGCGCAAGGCGGACGCCAUCGCGAUGACGCGCGACGUGAGCGGCGAGGGCGUGCAGCAGGCCCUGCUCAAAAUGCUCGAGGGCUCUGUCGUCAACGUGCCGGAGAAGGGCGGCCGCAAGAACCCUCGCGGCGAGUACGUGGCCAUCGACACGUCCAACAUCCUCUUUAUCUGCGGCGGCGCCUUCUCGGGCAUGCAGGCGGUCGUCGAGGAGCGGAUGCGCACAAAGGACCUGAUCGCGUACGGCUUCCUGCCCGAGUUUGUGGGCCGCUUCCCUGUGACGACGCAGCUGCACGAGCUCACCGAGGCGCAGAUGGUGGAGGUGAUGUCGCGGCCUCGCAACGCGCUGCUCAAGCAGUACUCGGCGCUGUUCGCCGCGGACCAGGCCGUGCUCCUCGACUCGAUGUUCGAGCUGCCGGGGUGGAGGACCGCCGGCGUCCACCACGCCGUCCUGACGGCGGCCACCGUCGAGCAGGGCGCGUCGCUCGACUUGUGGCCGCUCGCCGCGCGGAGAAAGGUCGAGGCGGACGCGGCGAAGAGCGAGGUCGGUGGCUCUACGGACGAAGAGGCGGCCGUCUCCGCCGUCGGCGGUCUCUGA